UUUUAGCCCCUUCCUUCCUUUCAGUGCCUCAGGCAAGCUCAGGAACGGAAGAAGAUCAUGACAGCAACCCAGUUUUCCGAGAGAUCAAGCAUGGAGAUGGAAUCCUGUGUUCCGCCGGGGUUUAGAUUUCGUCCGACAGAGGAAGAACUUGUAGGGUACUACCUCAAAAGGAAGAUAAACUCGUUGAAAAUGGAUCUAGAUGUUAUUGCAGAGAUCGAUCUGUACAAAAUUGAACCCUGGGACAUUCAAGAUAAAUGCAAGAUGGGGUACGAGGAAGAGAAGGAGUGGUACUUUUUCAGUCACAAGGACAAGAAAUACCCAACAGGGACGAGAACAAACAGAGCGACAGCGGCAGGAUUCUGGAAAGCAACGGGGAGGGACAAGGCAGUGAUGUCCAAGAAGAACAGAAUCAUAGGCAUGAGGAAGACCCUCGUCUUCUACAAGGGACGUGCCCCUUAUGGCUCCAAGACCGAUUGGAUUAUGCAUGAAUUUCGCCUCCAAACUUCCCAACAUGCCCCUCCUCAGGAAGAAGGAUGGGUGGUGUGCCGAGCAUUCACGAAACCUAGUCCUACUCAGCCCAGACAAAGUUUCGAAUGUUGGGGCAGCCAAGCACACUUUUCAGACCAAAUAAGCAGCAUUACAAGCCCUCCAUCAAUAUCAUUUACAAGCGAAACCCUAAAUCAGGUGCUUUAUCCAACUAAUGAAGGGACAAGUUUUAUUCAUCCCUUCACUUCGAAUCAUCAUCACCAACAGUUUCUGUCAAACGAUACCGUUUUGGACGACCACAACAGCAGCCAGCUUGUUGAGCUCAUUCCACAGCUAGAUAGCCCCACAGCUUCUUUGUCAGCUAGAGCAGUGAAACAAAAUGGCUUCACAAAUGAAGACAGUUACGGUCAAGAAAGGACCAGUAAUAAUAACAACGUUAACGAUGGCCAAGGCAUUGAUUGGAAGAGCUUGGACAGCUUGUUCACUUCUCAGUUCGCAGACGAUACCGCCACUGCUGCUUAUUUUUCUCAACCAAACUUGCCCUUGGUACCACAUAGUAGUCAUGACCUACAAGUAUUACAGCCUCAAAACCAUCAAGCUAGCCAUGUCCUGGGAUGCUUUCCUGAUUCAUAACUAGGGCUUCGCGUGAUCAUGUCUCCGGUGCCUUGAAAAUAAGUUUCUGAUGUAUUAACCAAAAUGGUGGAUUUCACCAUCUUCAUUAUGUUAUAUAUAAUAUAUGUAGCGUUGUCCAGAAAAUGGAAAGCCUAAAGGUCUUUUUAGCAGAAAACCUUUGGCAGAAAAUUUUCUCCCCAUAUGAAAGAAUUAAGAUUCCUUGACAACUGAAUCCCUGCCAAGUCUAAAGAAUUUGAAUAGAAACCUCUUUGACAAACUU